AUGGACGACGGAUUAACGAACGCGUCGCGUGCAAUCGCAGCACAGAACGGCGUGGGCGCGAAAGGUGACCACGACGAUGGCGACGCGGAUGAUGUGAUUGUAACGGUGGACCCUCUCCGCGUGAAGCGCGUGCGGCAGAUGGACGUCACCGGCAGCGAGGACCACGUGCUGUACGUGCCACGUCACCCUCUUCCCCCCCGCUUCUCCCCCCUCUCCCCACAACACGUACUCGACCCCCCCGAGGGAGAGCGCAUGCUGGCUCUUCUGGCGCAGCUGGACGGUGCGCGCGCGCGCGCAGCACAGAGGAAGGGCGCGCGAGGGGGGAAGGGGGGCCGGAAACGGCGGGACAGGGGGGAGGCGGAUGGGGAUGCUGGCGGGGACGAGAAUGAGCGGGUGAAGGGGAGGAAAGGGCAGGGAGGGGGAGGGGAGGACUUGAAAGGAGGUGGGGGAAAGGCAGCAGGCGCAGGGGGAGCUGGGGGGAAGGCAGUGGCGGAGGCACAUGGGGAGUGGGCGUGGCAGGGGGUGAUGUCACAGUUGACGUCAGCACAGGAGGAGCUGAGGGUGAUAGUGGAUCUGGUGAAUGCGGUGGAGAGCGGUGCAGAGGGGCUGGCUGUGAGUGGCGUGUCGAAGCCAAAGCAGCAUGCAGCAGAGAUGAGCUCCGAGCUCACAGCCCGGCUGGCAGGCAAACUCACGCUGCUGCAGGUGGGUGCAGUGCGGUUCAGUGUGCUCGUCUCUUCCCCUCCCCGGUUGCCAGUUUCCGCUCCUGUCUGUUCCGCCUCCUCUCCCUUUUCCCUCUCCUCUGCUCCUCUCAUCCAUUCUCCCCGUUCUCGCCUUCCCCUCAUGACUGUCGCCAUUCUUCUCCUUCGCCCUGAUGUGGGGGGAGGCUUGCUGCACGCAGCAGCACGCCUCACACAGCAAGUCAGGGACGACGCACCGUUCUACACCGCACUCCAGCGCAUACAGCAUCGGUGGAAGGUGAAGCGCACCCACCCUGCCCUCGCCCCUCCGCCCACCCCUCUCUCCGCCGCCUCCUCAACCGCAGCUGGCUUUGCUGCUGACGUCACAGUGCAAUCGCUGCUCCUCUCCCUCCCUCACGCGCCCUCUCUACCUGCCAGCAUGCCUCUCAUACCCGCUACAAGCCUCCCCUUUACCUCAUUAAGACUCGAUAGGGACAAGCAGGGAAUGCUCCGGGCUGCUCCGCCUGAAGGCCAGCCAAUCAGGAGGCUCCAUGUCAGCGUGUUUGGGAGGGAAGCAGGUGGAGACAAUGGGGGGGAUGGUGGUGCUGGUGCUCGCAUUAGCAGUGAGGGGUUGGUGGGGAAGGGGGGAGAGGAGGAAGGCGAGGGUGGGAGGAUGGCAGAGGGGAAGGAAGGGGAUGAGGGGGCGGAGGAGGAGGAGGAAGGGGGUGUAGGGAGGGCGGUGCGCCAGGCUCACGAGCUUCUGAGGGCCGCGCAACGAUCGUGGUUUGACUGGCAGGGGGCGGGGGAGGGGGAGGCAGCGGCGGUGGCACUGGUGCUGGCGGUGCUGCUGCUGGCGCUGGUGGCGGUGGUGGUGGGAGUGAGGUGGGGAUGGGUGUGGGGGUGGUGGAGUUGCUGUGGGGGGCAGCGGCACACAGGGCAAAGAAAAGGGCUGUGGAGCGAUGCCUGUUGCGCAUGGUAUGGUGGUGCUGGGAGUGUGUGCCAUGCAUGGUAUGGUGGUGCUGGGAGUGUGUGCCAUGCAUGGUAUGGUGGUGCUGGGAGUGUGUGCCAUGCAUGGUAUGGUGCUGCUGGGAGUGUGUGCCAUGCAUGGUAUGGUGCUGCUGGGAAUAUGUGCCAUGCGCGUCUCACCCUCCCGCCACCCACCGCUCAUCAUUCACUCGCUCACCUCACCCGCGCCCACUCCUGCUCCUCGCUCUGCUCCCCAUGCAGCUUCUCCCCCUACUCUGCUCCCCAUGCCGCUUCUCCCCCUACUCUGCUCCCCAUGCCGCUUCUCCCCCUACUCUGCUCCCCAUGCCGCUUCUCCCCCUACUCUGCUCCCCAUGCCGCUUCUCCCCCUACUCUGCUCCCCAUGCCGCUUCUCCCCCUACUCUGCUCCCCAUGCCGCUUCUCCCCCUACUCUGCUCCCCAUGCCGUUUCUCCCCCCACUCUGCUCCCCAUGCCAUUUUCCCCACCACUGCCCUGGCCCGUCCACCAGGCGCGUCUCUGCCUGCACCUGACAGUCUGCUCACAUGCCACCCACCACCCCACCAUCGCUGCCUGGACUCUCUCCUUCCGCUCUCCUUCCUCCUGCACCGCUCUGCACCGCACUCACGGGGCACACGGUGGGCGGCUGGGCGAGGCGGAGAGAGGGGUGGGCGGGACAGGGGGAGGGGGGGGAGCAGAGGGGCAGGGAGGAGGAGAGGAGGACGAGGGGAGAGGUGGAGGAAAUGGAGAGGCGACGAGACUGGGAGAGAGGGAGGGUAUUGUUGAGGUAGAAGCAGGUGUGGAGGGUGGGGGCUGUGAUGUGGGAGGUGACAGGCAGGGCACGGUGGGAGGUGCGGCAGCAGAGGAACCAGCAGCGGCAGCAGCUGCAGCUGCGGGGGCUGCUGAGGAUGAUGGGGAGUUGCUCCAGGGGGAAAGGAGGGGAGAGGAGAAAGAGAGGAGUGGGGGAGCAGGGAGUGGGGGCGCGGGGGAGAGCGAGUGGGAGUGGGAGGUGGCGGUGCAGCUGAGAGACGUGGAGCUCUCUGUGCUGCCCACCGUGGAGGCCACAUGGUCACAUGCUGCUGUUGGUGCAAAUGCACAUGCUCAUUCACACACCGCCCGCCCUCUUCACCACACACACCCACGCGCACGCCUUCUCUCGCUCCCCACUGUGCUGCCCUCCCUGCCCGACCUCUCCUCACUGCUGCUCCACCGCGUCACCUCCUCCUGCCUCUCCUCCCUCCUCGCCCACGCCCACUCCCUCUCCCUCCCCGCAUCUGCCUCCCUGUCUUCCCUUUCCUUCACCACCGCGUCGCACCGCUCUGGACCACAUCAAGGUGGGGGUAUUACCACCGGGAGCAGCAGCAUGGGGGGCUGUGGCGCCGGUGCGGAGGAGCAGGAGUGCUGCUUGGUGGCGCGCCCGGAUGCGGCUGCCGGCUGUGUGGUCUGGUGGAUGGCUCCUAGAGAGCGCGCCCUUGCAGCGCUGCACGCACGUGCCGUGGCAGGCAGGAGGCCAGGCACGCCACGAGGCGGCGAGCGAGUGGGGUAUCCGGGGAGGAGCAACGGUGCUGCGAGCCGCGCGGGGGACGAGGAGGGAGAUGUGGGGGAGGAGGGGGGUGUGGUGCUGCUGGGAGCGUUGGGAGUGGAUGAGCUUAAAGAUGUGAUCACCAGAGCAGCCCUUUGCUAG